UGCGCCGCGCCGCUGCCUCCGAUUGCUCUUUCCCGUCUGACUCCCAAAGAUCUGAGAGCGGCAAGCUGGAAGUACGACUGUAGCCUGAUGUAUGGCACCUCUGGGAGAAAAGGAGCCUUAACCAGCAGCCACAGUCAACACCGGUUUACGUUCUGUGUCGGACUGGAGAAAUUAGAAAGGAGGAGGAGAAAAAAAAAGAAGCUUUUCUUUCCUGAAAAGCCUGAUAACAAACGAGGAGGAGCGCAGAAGUUUGUGAGCUUCAUGGAAAUGUAGACUCAUCCUGGAGCAGGAUGGUGUGGGGGUAGCUGUGUGAAGUUGGGAGGAGUUUUCGAAAGGAUAAAGGUGAGAAGCUCUGUUAAGAAACUUUGCCUUUGUUCCCCGCGGAAGAAAAAGAAAAAGAAGAAAAAAAAGGCGGCGACUGGGUGGGAUUUGUUGGGAAGCUGAUCGUCUGAUCCGCCGCAGAUUUGUUUCGAGUCCAAGAUGUGCCUGUUGAACUCGUCGUGCGGUUGUGAUCGUGGAGAGAUCCGAGGCAGACUGCACAAGUCCGGUGUGAUGCGUUUACUUUUCUUGCUCUUGGCCGUCGUGCUGUCCUGUCACGGCUGUCCGGACCGAUGCUUGUGCUCCUCACAAACUGUGAAAUGCCAAAACCAGGACUUGGACGCGAUUCCGCAUUCCUUACCGGCCAAUACCAAAUUCUUGUUCGUCACAGGAAACAACAUUUCCAACAUCAGCGUGGCCUCUUUCCCAACCCGCCUGGAACAGUUAACUGAUCUCUAUCUCAGUGGGAAUGGGAUGGAGUACGUGGAAGCGAUGGUAUUUGACAACUUGCCAAACCUCUUGCGGCUGGACUUGAGCAACAACAGAAUCCUGAAUUUCAGUCAAAGAGCUUUCCCCAAUGACACAAAACUGCAGCUCCUGAACCUCAGCAGGUCUUUUCACAAUCUUUCCUUCAUGGAGGUGGACCUAAACUUCCUGCGCAGCGGGAGCCUCCUCCAGCUGGCAGCCCUGGACCUGUCCAGCAAUGACCUUGUGGCUCUUCCGGACAUAUUCGGCAACCUGUCCAGCCUGACCAACCUCAACCUGCAGAACAGCUCCAUCGUCACCAUCAGCAACGGGACUCUAAAGGUGCCCCCGCUGCGUGACCUGGACCUGAGGGACAACAGCCUGAGGGACCUGCCCCCUGCCACACUGGCCGAGUUCGGUCUCAAGCCUGACCUCCACAUCCGGCUGGCGGGGAACCCGUGGCGCUGCGACUGCUACAUUGAAGACGUGCUGAUGUGGCUUAAAAACUCCACUCAGGUGGUCGACAUCCAGAACUUGACCUGCGCCGACCCGGAGGCCCUGAGACUCCACCCGCUCCUACAGUUGCAGCAGUCGCAGCUGAAGUGUUCCACCGAUAUGGAGGGCGUGCUGGAGACCUCUUAUGUGUUCCUGGGACUGGUGUUGGCCUUGAUCGGUGUCAUAUUCCUGCUGGUGCUCUACCUGAACAGAAAAGGCAUCAAGCGGUGGAUGUACAACAUCCGGGACGCUUGUCGGGACCACAUGGAGGGGUACCAUUACAGAUAUGAGAUAAACUCUGACCCGCGUCUGGCCAACCUGAGCAUCAAUUCGGACGUGUGAGGGAGGACGGGACACUGUCUGGGACCUUGCAGUGAGAUAUUAAAUGACUUUAUACUAUUAAGAUUUGCAUGAAAGUCUCCUUCUCCUUCCUCCCCCUACCACCACCACCCCUCUCCAUGGUACUAUUCAGAUUUUACACCUGUCAGAGCUCCUAAUUAAACCCUCUCACGACUUCCCACUCAACCACUGCUGCAUGUCCUGUACAAGUACCUGGCAGCUGUGAUGUCAACUGCGUUUUCUCCGUGUAACAUUGCAUGGACAAUGAGUCAUGGCAAAAGGGGUUUUUGGAGAGUUGCAAAGAGUGAUAUGUUCUAUUUUUACUCUUUCUAAAGGAUAACCGGAUGGAGUGCAUUGACUUUUAAAUGAAAGAAUACUUGGCAAAAACAUACAGUCGAUCAUUGCAUUCUCCUCAUUAUGCCUCUGCUGCAGAGAAAUGUUAUACUGCUUGAGUUUGUUUUUUAAAAAAAUACGUGAAUAUGUGAUAUAUCAAAUAUGCCUUUUUUGAAUGAUUAUAGUGCACAUUGCAUAGUUUUUGGAUUUAGUAGGUGGAUGUGAUUGCUCUUUUUUUCUGUAAAGAUAUUCAGCACAAUAAAAUGCCUCUGGAUUGCUGGUA